AUGAUUGUAUGCAUCGUGUUAAUAUUAUUGGCAAUUAUCUGGACGGUACAGUACAGGUACAGAAGGAGGAAAAUGUAUGAGUUGGCGUCAAAGAUUUCACAUCCGAAAGAUGAAUUGCCGUUUAUUGGUGUAGCGCAUAAAUUUAUAGGAAACACUGAAGUUACAAUGACCAGUAUGAAACAAUUUAGCUAUGAAGCCAUGGAGAGUGGAAUAACAAGAGUCUGGCUUAAUCAUAUACUUUAUUUCGUAAUGGUGAACCCCGCGGAUUUGGAGAAGGUUUUAAGAACUUGCUUGGAAAAAGAUAAUCUACACAAACUUAUGCGAAAGUUUCUUGGCAAUGGUGGCAUAUUUGCACCUGUUCCCAUUUGGAGACGUCGUAGAAAAAUUUUAAUGCCAGCAUUCAAUUCAAAAAUAGUUGAAGGCUUUUUAGAUAUUUUUUUAGAACAAAGUCAAAUAGUUACAAAAAAAUUGGCUAGUUUAUGUGGACCUGAAGCAGUCAAUCUUUGGCCGACAGUAUUUGCUUAUUCUUUGGAUGCUAUAUCUGAAUCAACGAUGGGUGUUAAAUAUACACAGACAGAUGCCAACUCCGAAUUUCUGAACUUCUCCGAAAGUCUGAAUAUAGUCUCUCAAAGAGUCUUUCAUUUGUGGCUUCGACCUGACUGGCUGUUCAGAUUCUUCCCGCAAUAUACAAAAUAUAAGAAAUGCCUUCAAGUUAUCCAUGAACGAUCAGAUGAGAAGAUACAAUGGGUUACCCUGUAUCUUCUAAAAAAAUGUCAGGAAUUUCUAUUUUCAGGUGAUCCUAAAAGAAAAUCGUUCCUAGAGUUAUUAAUUAAAUUGUCUGGUGGCGACAAGGGAUAUGGAAAUUUGGAGCUCCGUGAAGAGAUGAUGAGCAUAUUCAUUGCUGGAACCGACACCUCUGCCGUCACUAUCGGUUUUACACUUAUAUUAUUAGGGAAAUAUCCAGACAUCCAGCAAAAGGUGUAUGAAGAAAUACAAGAGGUGUUUGGUGAUUCCGAUCGUCCAUUGGUGAAGGGAGACUUACUUAAAUUGAAGUAUCUAGAGAGAGUGGUAAAAGAGUCUUUAAGGUUAUUUCCACCAUUGCCUUUUAUUAAUCGGAGAGUAGAAAGAGACAUUAUAUUACCAUCAGGCGUGACUAUUCCUAGUGGUUCAGGGAUAUUUGUUUCGAUUUUUGGAGCUCAUCGCGACCCCAAGUACUGGGGUCCGGACGCUGAACAUUUCGACCCCGACCGGUUUCUGCCUGAACGAUACAACUUGCAGCACGCCUGUAGCUAUAUGCCGUUUAGUUACGGACCAAGGAAUUGUGUAGGUUCUCAAUUCGCCUUCAUGUCAAUCAAGACUGUACUAUCGUCUAUAUUACGAAAUUUUAAAAUAAUUGGAGAGCCAGAAACAGGAUCCAUCCCCAACAUAAGGCUCAAGUUAGACUUCACGCUGAAGGCAGCUGAAGGGUACUAUGUGAAACUGGAAAAAAGGAAGACAUGCCAUUUACAGAGUCAACAAAACUAGCUUCUUAAAUCGAUAUCUGAUACUUUACUGUGUCUUAAAUUAUUUAAUUUUAUAUUAAAAAAAAAUGUGAUUUUUGUGUGAAUGUUGUUGUAAUAA